UUCAUGUGAUGGCCACAAAUUCAAAUACUCAAUGAGAAUAGAAACCAAAAAUAGCAAAGAAUUGAUAGGGCAAAACAAUGAAUGCAUUUAUAAGCCAUUUCUUUUCCAUUGAUGGAGCUCAAAAUCUCUGUAAAUAUAGAUAUAAGCAUGUAAAUAGGGUAUCCAUUGGCUGCCAAUUCCUAUUGAUAACAGAAGAACGAAAAAAAUUAAAGAAAGGGAUAUCCAUUCAACAGAACAUCAUCAACCAAUUUCCUGGAGAAAGUCAAUUCAAAUGAAGUUCUCCAAUCUCUUGGCGCUUGGCAUUUCAUUGUCUUUGGCUUUGAGCGCUUGUGUUGGAGCUACUGAGAAUGGGACCAACUCCGAUCAGCCAUGCAACUUUCCGGCGAUCUACAACUUUGGCGGCUCCAAUUCCGACACUGGCGGCAUGUCGGCAUCAUUUUACCCUCUCCCACCGCCAAACGGCCGGACCUUCUUUCAAAGGCCUGUCGGAAGAGCUUCCGAUGGCCGUCUCGUCAUCGACUUCAUUGCUGAGCACUUGAAACUGCCACAUCUGAGUGCUUAUCUGAAUUCCUUGGAGGCCAAUUUCGCCAAAGGUGCCAACUUUGCAGCAUUGGAAGCAACCAUUCUUGGCACCUGGGAAGGGACCUAUUUGCAGACUGGCUUAAGCACAUUCAAGCUCCCUCAUCAGGUUAACGUCCAUUUCGAUCAGUUCAAGAACCGAACCAUUGACCUCUACAACCAAGGGAAGCACAGAGACUCACUCCCAAAGCCUGAAGACUUCUCAAGGGCUCUUUACACACUCGACAUUGGACACACUGAUUUCACUUACGGUUUUCGGGUGAUAGCGGAAGACCAACUUCGAGCUCGAAUGCCUGAGAUUGUGAAUUCAUUGACUGCUCAUGUCGAAGUUCUGUACGAUAAAGGAGCUAGAAGUUUCUGGAUACAGAAUGCACGCCCGGUUGGCUGCCUGCCUAAUACUACAAUAUCCAUUUCCGAUCCAAAGCCAGGAUCCUUAGAUCAAAAUGGCUGCCUCAAAUCCCAGAACGAGAUUGUUACAGAAUUCAAUAAGCAGCUCAAGGACAAAGUGAUCGAACUGAGAACAAAACUACCAGAAGCUUCCAUAACUUUGGUGGAUGUUUACACUGCAGAGUAUGAUUUGAUCAGCAGUGCCAACAGCCAUGGGUUCACUGAUCCACUGAAGAUCUGCUGUGGGAUUCAUGAGAACGCAGAGUACGUCAAGUGUGGGAACAGAGGAAUCGUAAAUGGGAAGCAAGUGUUUGCGGAUUCAUGCAAAAACCCAGAGCAGUAUAUCAGCUGGGAUGGAAUUCACCGCACAGAGGCUGCAAACCAAUGGAUUGCUAAUCGCAUAGUCGACGGUUCAUUGUCGGAUCCGCCAGUUCCCAUAGCUUUUGCAUGUCAAAAAAUGAAGAUGUAAAAAACACCCUGUUGCUCGGUUAA